AUGGCUUCCGUUACGAUCGUCGCCUGCACCUGGAACCUGGGCUGCAAAAAGCAGACCGCUGCUUUGCCGGGUGCAGAUGCCUUCCGCUGGCUGGCCGAUCUUUGCCGUGGGACGCGGGCAUCUUUAGUGGCUCUGGGGCUUCAGGAGUUGCAUCCGGAUCAUCUGGCGCCACUCCGGGACCGAGUUCUCGAGGUGCUCCGUGCAGAGGAUGACGAAGAAGCACCUUUGGAGGUCCUGGCCUCGGUGCAUUGCGACUCUUACCUGCCGCUGCUCGUAUUCGAGCGGGCUCCGCAGAGCAACCAGGUUCUGUCAUUGCCGUUCACUUUCGAUGACAAGAAGGUCUGCUCCAAAGGCUGCAUCGCUGUGGAGUGCCCGAGGCAGGGCAUCAGCCUCUGCAUUGCCAACGCGCACUUGGAGGCUGGCCACGGCAAGACCGAGGUCCGAGAUGCGACGUUUGCGCAGAUCGGCAAAUGUGUUGAGGACAGCCAGCACUCGCUUUUCAUCGUCUUGGGCGAUCUGAAUUAUCGUCUACAGGGUUUGCCCGGGAAGACCAUCGAGGAGCCGACGAAGGCCACACCUCCCGACAAGCGCUCGCCAGAUUUCUUGUCAGAGUUCGAGGCGCUGACCAGCGCCUUCGAGGAGGGUGAUGUAACACCCGAAAUGGGCAAGGAAAACAAGCAGUGCGUAGCCAGUCAUGAUGCUCCCGCAAGACUUCAGAAGAUGGCUGCCCACCGCGUGAGGCUCAACCUGAGCCGGAAGGUCGUGCAGGUUCCUGAGAUGCCCAUGACCGAGACUAGCUUGGAUGUUCUUUUCUUGAACCACAGCCUUCGCCCGCCCCUGAACGAGCUGUACUUGAAGGAGACCAAGGCAUUCUACGCCAGCAAAAUUCAUUUCUUCAAUGGCAAGCAUUGGCAGCUCCGGACUUUAACUGCGAAUGAGAAGCACUACAUCGUGCCGAUAUUAGUAAAUACAGGUGGCAUCGCUUACAACCGACCCAUCUUCGCCGACUUUGUCCAGAUGCACUUUCUGCCGAAUUACCAGAGGAGCAUGUGGCACGGACACACCAAAAGACACGUGCAGAUCCCCACGCCGCUCGGUGAUGGCAUGAGCAUCGACCAGGUAUGGCCUGGAGGCGGCGGCAACAGAUUUGGCACCGAGGAGGAGCUUCGAAAGCCAAGCAGCAUCGCGUUCAACUUGGUGGGACAUGAACUUGCAGAAGUCAUCGUCGAGUGCAACGGCCUGGUAGGCAACCUUGAAAGCAUGACUGAACGAGGAAGGCCUCGGGAGUACCUCCAAGAGGUUCGUCAGGACAUGAUUCAGGCAACCGCAGAGCGCUUCGCCAAACAGGGUGCGACAGUGGACACCAUCGAGCGCGAGAUCAGUGCGAUGAGUGCCGACCCAAUGACGACAUGGGAUGAAGCGUCCCUUCCUGUCCCAGAUGAGCUGUGGGUGAACGUCUACCAGAAUGACAUUGACUGCGACAACUUCUUGAAG